AUGGCAGAAAAUCUCGCUGCUAAAUUAUGUUUCCUUUUAGAGGAGCAAAAUAUUGAAGCCGAACAAUGGAAAUUAUUAGGUCAAGAAAAAGACGGUUCUCUCUUAUUUGGAUGGAUAGAAGCAGUUUCAUCAGAAAACGUAGUUAAUUCUUAUUCUGUGAUAGGUCAAUAUGACCGAAUAAACGAUAAACUACAGAUUAUACACAAGUUUCCCGAGGUGCUAAAUCUCAUACAAGCGACGGUCAAUCAAAAUCAUUCGUUGCUAGGGUGCAUAACGAAGAAAGAUUCAGAAAAGUCUUCUGCAGAAAGUUCAGAAGCUGCUGAAUCCAAAAAUGAUGAUCAAGAAGAACACGAAUUGUGCUCUGAUUCCGGAGUUUAUCAGGCCUUCCUCGUUGAAUUCACCACCGAAGAAGGGAAAGUUCAUACGCUGGAAACGGAAAGCUUAAAGCAAGUUCGAAUUCAAUUUUUGUAUCGAGAAAAGGCGCAGAAAAAUGUAGAAAAAUUUUUACUGCUUGUUCAUGAAGAGCAUAUCCAAAUGUACACUAUCAUGUUUGAUGUGAUGGAAAAUGAUGAACGAAAAGUAAGAGAAUUAAAAUCGGAGACCUUAGUGAAAACAUUUAUUUGGGCGCAAUGGGACUCGACGAACCAAGUUUUGUAUCAUAUUCACCAUCGAAAGCCGGCGACGAGUUUAUUCUUAGAUAUGAGUCCUGCUGUUCUCCCUAAACCUGCAGGUACUUCUCCAACUUUAAGUGGAUUUCAAUUUCAUGACGAUCUUCCCCAUGAGACGGUGCUGAAUAUACCAUUGAACUUGCCUCAGUUACCGGACACCGACAAUUGCGGAACUUACGAGGAUGACGUGAUCCCCUUGAGAAUCCACGACUGUUCUCUAGAUCUCAUAGUUAUAUCAGAUUCCAAAGGCAUGGUCUGCGUUUGCCAUCACUACCUCUAUCGACCAGUCAAACCUCCACAGCAUGUCCUCGACUCCGCUCUCAGCGAUUCAAACACAGUCCACUUUGCCUAUUCCGUUACUCUGCUUCACCACAGUUGUGUCGUUCAUUGUGUGAUACCCGGAAUUCCCUGGAGCAGAGCAAAGCUGAUGAGACCGACAUUUGCUCUCUACGGGGACCACCAUAUGAUUGUCUUCGUGCAAAAUUGUUUUACACACCUCCUCGAAAUCGGGCUUCAUCACGAACCCUGUUGUCAUAUUUUAUGUGGUCCACUGCCCUCGGUUCCCUCUGAAUCAUCAUACCUCGUUCCCUUGCUGAAUCUCAACAUCGACAGCAAGGAGAGCAAUUCAUUAUCUAAUUGUACUUCAGACAUUCUCACAAUUGAUUUGCCCACUCUGGACCUCGUGAAGCUGACGAUUCCCAUGCAAUUUUUAAUCGAUACCUUCCAACAGGAAAGUUCAGUUGAGGUGCGAUUGGGGAUUUUGCAUUAUUUCUUCUGCCACAGAAAUGAUUUGGAUAUCGUCGCGGAGUUGGUAACGAUUGCGGCUGAAAAGCCUCGAUUGCUUGAUUUCCCAAAAAUUCUGCAGGAAUUUCUAAUAAGUGGAUCGCAUGCUUUAGUGCAGAAGAAUCUGCUUCCAGAUGCUGUGCCUCUUUUGGCUCUGUUACCAGUAACUACGCUGGAGGAGUGUUCUGGGUUGGAUGUUAAGAUUAAUGAUCUUAAUGUGACCUUGAGUCAUGAGAAACUCUGGAACACGUCUGUGAUGCUGCUGGCGCCACAGCAAAGGCUGGUGCCGUUCAGGAGCGAUUUAUGGACCAAAUUGUGGGACCAGUUGAGCAAAAGGAGUGGCGAUUUGCCAAGGUUUAAUCCUAGCAAGGUUGCGGAAAAGUUGAUGAUGUCCUUAGCCUGCUAUCAGCCUGAAGCUCUUUCUAGAUCCAGCACGCCAAUGUCACCAGGUGGAGGACUCUCAGUGACAACAGCAACUCUCGGAGAACUAAUGGGCAGUCGAUCGCAUAAAUAUUUCGAAUCAAAUUUACCAUUCGAUGAAAUGGAAAGCUGCACAGCAUCCAAGCAAGAGCACAUAGUCGCCGUCAAUUUGCGAGAAUUAUCAAUGUUUCUAUUAAAGUAUGGAAUUCAAUCCUCUAGAAAGUAUUUGCAAGGAGCUUGUACACCUUUACAUGUACAUGCGAUGGCGACAAAACAUAUUAGUGCUCAGCUGGAAACUUCUCGACUUUUAUGUCAAAUGUUGUGCAUAGCAACCGACGUUGAUUCAAGACUGGAGCAAGAACGUGGAUUUCCUCUUGUCGAUCAGCUAGACGAGGCCAGACGAUGGGUACUUUUCACAGUACUUGAACGCUACAGAUAUGCAACCGAAAGUAGUGCAUUUCCCGUUCCUCAAGGUUUUACUUCUUUCUUCACGUACCUGGGAUACAGAACUCUAAAAUAUCCAAUGUUUUUACAAUAUGUGCAACAUUCCGUUUUCGAGUUGCAAGUGGAUGUGGCCAAAGUUAUUAUGGCCGAUAUAAGUGAUACGAAAGAAAAUAUUCCAAAGAAGCUCCAAUUACUGUCUCUCCUGCCAAGAUCUCGAGCAAAACGUUUGCUCAACCAGUGGUUGCAUCCCAUUAGUUUUAUGCUAAGGGCUAGAGAACACGCGACAAAUAUUCUCUGUGGAGAAAUCUGUCCGAACCGAGGCAGACAACCUCAACAUCGUCACCACCAUAGUGGAGUUUCGGCUUUUCCAUCAGCGGACCGAUUGUCUCCAUUGGAUACUUUCCUCGACUUGCUUACUGCGAAAGCAAGUCUCACGGAACUAGAUUUCGGAUUAUUGAUAGAGGCUACUGUGACAUCCACGGAAGAUUUCAUCUGAUCUCAUUGCAUUUUAUAAGCUCGUUAUGUGCAAGGCGAAAAAUACAGUGUCAUGACCUAAA